AAUCACAAAUAAUUUCGCGCUUCGUACAAGUGCAUUGUGGGUGCCAUGUGCAAUAAGCAAGAUGGCGGAUACAGAGUCAGAAAAUGUCGACGAAACUCCGGCAACAGAUAUUGUUGUCACCAAGUAUAAAAUGGCGGGUGACAUGGUUAAUGACAUUCUCAGGAAGGUGAUUGCGAAGUGUACGCCCGGCACGUCCGUGGUGAGUGUGUGCGAGUUUGGAGAUGCUCUCCUGCUGCAGGAGACUGGAAAAGUCUUCAAGAAGGUCAAGGACAUGAAGAAAGGAAUUGCAUUCCCAACGUGUGUGGCUGUGAACAACUGUAUAUGUCACUUCUCUCCGUUAAAAUCAGAACCAGAUGUCAAUCUCGCGGACGGUGAUCUUGUCAAAAUAGAUCUCGGUGCACAUGUCGAUGGGUAUAUCGCAGUCGUGGCACACACGUUUGUACUGGGAGCAUCAAAGGAGAACAAGGUGUCUGGUAAGAAGGCAGACGUCAUAGUGGCUGCUCAUUACGCCAGCGAAGUAGCUCUUCGGGCUGUCAAACCAGGAGGUGAAAACUAUGCAGUCACAGACGCUCUUCAGAAAGUUACAGAAAAUUUCAAAUGUAAACCCAUUGAAGGAAUGUUAUCACAUCAACUAAAGAAAAACGUUAUAGAUGGCGAAAAAGCAUUUAUUCAAAACCCAACUGAAGCACAAAGAAAAGAACACGAGAAGUGUGAGUUUGAGAUGCACGAAGUGUACGCGAUUGAUGUCUUAGUGAGCACGGGGGAAGGAAAGGGCAGAGAACGUGAAGCCAGGACGACAGUUUACAAAAAAAAAGACACAAACUACCCACUGAAGAUGAAAGCGUCUCGACAAUUUUUAACAGAAACCGAAAAGAAGUCUGGUCUAAUGCCAUUCACACUCAGGGGUUACGACGACGAGAAAAAGGCGAAGAUGGGGGUUGUGGAAUGUGUGAAGCACGAACUGAUGCAGCCCUUCAACGUCCUGUAUGAAAGAGAUGGAGAAUUUGUUGCUCAGUUCAAGUUCACUGUGAUUCUCAUGCCCAAUGGGCCGCUCCGGAUCACCGGUUUGCCGUUCGAGGCCGAUCUCUACCAAACGGAACACUCAAUACAAAAUGAAGAUAUUAAGAACCUGCUUUCACAGUCUGCUUCCCGGAAAGCUGCCAAGAAGAAGAAGAAGAAAGUGGAAAAAGCCCUCGCAGAGAAUGCAGAAACUGUGCAGGCGGACUGAGCAUUAAUUUCAAGCCCUGAUUUGCCAGGCUCUCUUGGAAAUGUAAAUUCUUCCGUUUGGCUGCUGGGUGAUGAGUGAUGGUGACGACAAGAACUGUUCUAUUAGUAGCUGGUCUGUUUGUAGUGAAGAUAAUAAACCAGAGAUCCUGUCCA